UUGCAGUGUCAAUGUCAAUUACAACCUACUAAUCGACAUAUUUGUUGCAGUAUUUUUCGUCAUGCAUCUUACUAUCAUGGUGGAUGUCGUCACCUAGCCUAUACAUGCAUUGCAGCAUCAGGCUGUAACGGCUCAAUUCUUCACUAUGGGCAUGCCAAUGCCCCCAAUGAAAAAGAGAUUCGCGACGGUGACAUGUGUUUAUUUGAUAUGGGACCGGAAUAUAACUGCUAUGCGUCCGAUAUUACCACUUCAUUCCCUGCGAAUGGGAAAUUCACUGACAAACAGAAAAUAGUGUACAAUGCGGUGCUCGAAGCAAAUAGAGCAGUGUUCAAAGCAGCAAGACCAGGAGUUCGAUGGACAGACAUGCAUCUUCUUUCUGAGAAAGUGAUUCUCACACACCUCCAAAAGGCAGGACUACUAACAGGUGAUAUCGAUGAAAUGGUCAACGCAAGACUAGGGGCUGUAUUCAUGCCCCACGGCCUUGGACACCUCAUUGGUCUCGAUGUACACGACUGCGGCGGAUAUCUCGGGGAUGCGUUACCGCGCUCCCAGCUACCCGGUCUGAAAUCGCUACGUACCACCAGAACACUCAAAGAAAGGAUGGUUCGUAUUGAAGACGAUGUGGUCAUUUGGGAGAAGGGCAACGAAAACCUGAGUGACCUACCGAGAACCGUGGAAGAGAUCGAACACUUCAUGUCGUCCGAAGAGUUCAGCGACUCGACAAUUCAGAAAAGCAUUCGCGAUCAUCUGAACAAACAUUAA